AUCGUCACAGACUGACACCCUGCUCAAGCGCCCCGCUGUGCUGCUUUACUCAACACAGAUUUACCGGGCGGAGCUUGACAAAGUUUUGACAGGCCGUUUCCCUGUAGCUGUACGCAUGGGAAUCUAAGGAAAAAAUGUUUCCAGUACCUGUUUAAUUAUGACAUGAAAAGGCAAGGUCUGAAAGUUGACAGACAGUAAUUAAUUCAGAGGAAAACAGCAGAUCAUUCAGAAAAAAGCAGAUUCAAUGUCCAGGCUUUCAGACGUAGCUGAGCACUCAUCUGAGGUGAGACAGUACAUGUUUAAGGGUGUACGAACAGGAAGCUUUCACACUAAGCUGAUUAGUUUGAUGGAACCAGACUCUCUUGUAAUAUCUGGGCUUUCAUUUGCAAUGGUUAGUUGACUAUUUUUUUCUCUAGGAUAAGAAUGGUGAACUCACGGGCAAUAAUGAUGGUCUGUUGGAGAACAGCAAAAUUAAGGUUAAUAACAAGCUUACUGAGAGUGAGCUGUCGGCUCUUAAUGAUCAUCCAUCAGGCAACAAUAAACCAAAGGGGAAAGCUGCCGUUUUCAGCCAGUUGUUUAAAAGAACUAAAACGUGGACGAGACUCCCUGCAAAAGAGGGGGAGGCAAGAGACUUCCUCAGUGAAACUGACCACAAAUCAGCCAAACCCUCAGGAGAGGAAUCUCACGUCAAAUGAGAUGCCUGUAGAGAGAUACAAAAAUUUAAACUAAGGAUUAUGAUCUAAUAUGAAAGAUAAUGCAAACUUAUAAGAGAUUUGUCUCAGGUUGGCUUCACUGCCACCACUGACAGUCUGUCUAGCCAACACAGCAAUAAGGUUUGUUGUGAUUACAGUACACCUAACAUCACAUGACAUCACACCUUAGACUGAAUAUCCAGUGUGAAUCACAUAGUUUGUAAUGACACAAUAGGUUUGGAUUUAAAAAUAAGAAUUUAGUGCUCUAAGGACACCACAACAGCUCAGAUGAUCCACCCUGUGUCCACAAAAACAUAAAGUAAACUGUAUAAAAUGUAUUGCUAUAAUUGUGGUAAAGUUUUUUUUUUUUUUUUUUUUUUUACAGUUCAGUCAGUAAAAUCAUGCUUUGAUGUUGCACAUUACACAGAAUAAUGCAACCUGCAAUUUUGAAGCUUGUCUUUGAUUUAGCUCCCAAAUACUGUAUGUCUGUUGUUACCUUCCUCUCUUUCUUAACAGGAAGAGCUAUCAUUACAACAUGGAGAGCUCUCAGCUGGCAAUCACAACAAAACACAAAACAACAACACCAUGGUGUGACAAAACUGCAGCCUUGCAUGCAAUCAUUUAUUCUUAAAUGAAUGUCUUAGAGUUUACAUUUUUGCGACUGUCUAAUUUUUUAUAUAAUUCGUGUAGCUUUGCAUAAUGUGCUGGUCUUCUGUCUCUUUACAGGAAGAACCAGCAUUGAAAAAUGAUGAUUUUUCAGGCAGUGACAAUCUUGAGGAAAAUUCCCUGUUUAAUUUUCUCAAAACAUCUCCUGGAGGACCUGAGGAUACUUCUGAUGAGGACAGCCCACCGUUACACAUUAAACUGCUGGCCUGUAAUGACAAUCUAUUAUAUCUCUCCAACAACAACUUAAAGGAUAACUCAGGAAAGCAAAGUGGCACUUUCCGCAGUUCCCCAAAACCAGCGUUACGUUUUCCUGCUGAAACGGACCCGCUAAGCGAGCACAGUGAAUUUACUGACUGGGAUUAUAACUUCUUGGACACUGGCAUUGAAAAGAAAUCUGCACCCAGAAAAUGCCAUGACAAGAAACUCUCUAACAGUAAUAACAAACUUGUGUCAUUUAGAGUGAAGAGAACUCUACCUAGAAUGCCCACAUUUUCAUCCAGUACGCAGGAUUCAGAUCAAGAAGAUAUGAUUGAGGAGCCAAUGGAAAUGCAGCAACUGGGGACAACUGAGGAUUGUACUUUUGAAAUCCUGCCACUGGAGAUGGCUGCCUACCCAACAGAUUUAAAUUUUUUAGAGACAGAUGAGGAUGAUGACCUGAUGGACUGGUGGAAAACUGUUGAGGGUUGGAGUGAAUGGAAUGAAACAGCUAAUUUUCAGGAGGACGAUGAGGAGCGGGCUGUCGAGGCUGCUGCAGACCGUGUGUUCAUGGCCGCCCGUCUCUUUGUCAGUCUGUUCAACCAGCGUGGGGCAUCUCUGCAACAUCACAUUUUAGAGUUGCUUGCUUUGGCAGACACUGCUGACAACUUUCAUAAGAAGACUGUGAGUGCAGCUGUUGGAGGGGGCGUAGCUAGUGUGGCAGGGGGCAUAGCCACCAUUACCGGCCUCAUCUUGGCACCCUUCACCUUUGGCACUUCCACUAUCGUCACUGCGGUGGGUAUCAGUGUGGCAACAGCUGGAAGCAUCACCUCAGCCACAGCUAACAUCACCGAUGCGGUUCAAUCCAAGAUGGAUCGCAAAAAGGUGGAGAAGAUGAUCCAAGGCUACCAGAAUGAGAUCAGUGACAUCAGAGAUUGUCUGGAGUUCAUGCAGGAAGGAAUGAACACCCUACAGGAAUGGGAUUUUAAGGGGUACUCUGAGAGUGUGGUCAACACGAGUCUUAGCCGUAACAUAAAGCAUGUGAUGAAGGAAGGUGGACGAGCAGGAAAAGCCCUUAUGAUAAACACAGAUAGGCUUAUCAACACUGUGAAAGUUCUAGGUGUUGCUGGAGGUGCUGCCAAAGCCGCCAGGGCCGUCAGUAUCACCACAGGUGUCAUGUCCACUCUCUUCCUCGCCCUGGAUGUCUUCUUUCUUGCCAAAGACUCCAAUGAACUUCGCAAAGGUGCUAAGACCAAAUUUGCCUCCAAACUCCGAGAAGUCUGCAAAGAGCUUCAACAUGGCCUACUAGAACUAAACAAAGUGAAGACUCAGCUUCAAAAGACCAUGGAUGGAAUUGAAGUGGAAGAGUAUGAGGAAGAGGAGGAGGAUGAAGACCACUGUGAGUCAGAUCCUGUUAAACUGGCUCUACUCGAGCAAGAAAUUGAUCAGUUGGAGGAGAAACUUGACCAGAAAACUAUGCAGCAGCAAAUGAACCGAGAUGCUGAAAAAGAGAUCCCAAAAAAAGAAAUAAAAUGAGGAGUCAAAGAGAUAAGGGGUCUUUCAAGUGAGCCAACAUAUGGAAACAACAAAAGAUUGUUGAAAUGAAAGAUCUGAAAGGAAAAA